CCUGCGCAAUUGCUGAUUUAGUAGCUAUGAGGAUCGUCUCUCGAUGCACAGGCAGAAGGCCGACGAAGCAUACGUCAUCGGAAAGCGCGGGCAGUACACGCCUGUCGGAGCCUAUCUUGCCAGCGACGAGAUCGUCAAGAUUGCUGUUGAACAUGGCGCCCAGAUGAUUCAUCCCGGAUACGGAUUCUUAUCCGAGAAUGCCGACUUCGCUCGCAAAGUCGAGAAGGCCGGGCUUAUUUUCAUCGGACCAUCCCCCGAGGUCAUCGACGCGCUCGGUGACAAGGUUUCGGCAAGAACACUCGCCAUUGCUGCUGGUGUCCCCGUCGUCCCCGGCACGGAGGGUGCGGUCGAGAAGUUCGAAGACGUCAAGAAAUUCACCGACGAGUAUGGUUUCCCCAUCAUCAUUAAGGCCGCCUAUGGGGGUGGCGGUCGCGGCAUGCGAGUCGUGCGCGACCAGGCCACUCUCAAGGAGUCGUUCGAGCGAGCCACGUCCGAGGCUAAGAGCGCCUUCGGUAACGGAACUGUCUUCGUCGAGCGGUUCCUGGACAAGCCCAAGCACAUCGAGGUUCAGCUGCUCGGAGACAAUCAGGGCAAUGUCGUCCAUCUGUACGAGCGUGACUGCUCAGUUCAGCGGAGACACCAAAAGGUUGUCGAGAUUGCCCCAGCAAAGGACCUUCCUGUCGAGGUUCGCGACGCGAUUCUGAACGAUGCGGUCAAGCUAGCCAAGUCUGUCAACUAUCGCAACGCUGGUACCGCAGAGUUCCUUGUCGACCAGCAAAACCGCUACUACUUCAUCGAGAUCAACCCCCGUAUCCAGGUGGAGCACACCAUCACCGAGGAGAUCACGGGCAUCGACAUCGUCGCGGCCCAGAUCCAGAUUGCGGCCGGUGCUACGCUCGAGCAGCUUGGACUGACCCAGGACCGCAUCUCUACCCGCGGCUUCGCCAUCCAGUGCCGUAUCACAACCGAGGACCCCUCCAAGAACUUCCAGCCCGACACAGGCAAGAUCGAGGUGUACCGGUCCGCUGGCGGCAACGGUGUGCGCCUUGACGGCGGCAACGGAUUUGCCGGCGCGGUCAUCACUCCCCACUACGACUCCAUGUUGGUCAAGUGUUCAGUUCAUGGUUCCACCUACGAAAUAGCUCGCCGGAAGAUCCUCCGCGCGCUGAUCGAGUUCCGCAUUCGUGGCGUCAAGACCAACAUUCCCUUCCUCGCCUCGCUCUUGACCCACCCUACCUUCAUCGAUGGAAACUGCUGGACAACUUUCAUUGAUGACACGCCGUCUCUGUUCGACCUUGUUGGCAGCCAGAACCGCGCCCAGAAGCUUCUGGCGUACCUUGGCGAUAUCGCCGUCAAUGGAAGCAGCAUCAAGGGUCAGGUUGGCGAGCCCAAAUUCAAGGGUGACAUCAUCAUCCCUGAGCUCUUUGACGAGAGCGGACAUAAGCUCGACGUCACUUUCCCUUCCACCAAGGGCUGGAGGAACGUCAUUCUCGAGCAAGGCCCGAAGGGCUUUGCCAAGGCUGUGCGCGACUACAAGGGCUGUCUGCUCAUGGACACGACGUGGCGUGACGCCCACCAGUCUCUGCUUGCCACCCGCGUGCGCACAGUCGACCUGCUGAACAUUGCGAAAGAGACCAGUCAUGCUCUCGGCAACCUCUACGCUCUGGAAUGCUGGGGGGGCGCCACUUUUGACGUGGCCAUGCGCUUCCUCUACGAGGACCCCUGGGACCGGCUCCGUAAGAUGCGCAAGCUGAUUCCCAACAUCCCCUUCCAGAUGUUGCUGCGCGGCGCAAACGGUGUUGCGUACGCCUCUCUUCCCGACAAUGCCAUCUACCACUUUGUGGACCAGGCCAAGAAGAACGGAGUCGACAUCUUCCGUGUCUUCGAUGCGCUGAACGACAUCAACCAGCUCGAGGUUGGCAUCAAGGCCGUGCAGAAGGCUGGUGGUGUUACCGAGGGCACCGUCUGCUACAGCGGUGACAUGCUGAACCCCAAGAAGAAGUACAACCUAGAGUACUACAUCGACCUUGUUGACAAGCUUGUUGCGCUCGACAUUGAUGUCCUCGGAAUCAAGGACAUGGCAGGUGUUCUCAAGCCUCAUGCCGCGACAAUCCUGAUCGGCACAAUCCGCAAGAAGUACCCCGACCUUCCUAUCCACGUCCACACCCACGAUUCGGCCGGUACUGGAGUAGCUUCCAUGGUUGCUUGCGCCAUGGCUGGCGCUGAUGCCGUUGAUGCUGCCACCGACAGCUUGUCCGGCAUGACAUCUCAGCCGAGCAUCAACGCCAUCCUUGCUUCGCUUGAUGGCACGGACAGGCAAACUGGCCUCAACCCGGCACACGUUCGUGCUCUCGACACGUACUGGUCGCAGCUCCGCCUGCUUUACUCGCCGUUCGAGGCCCACCUUGCCGGCCCAGAUCCAGAAGUUUAUGAGCAUGAAAUCCCUGGCGGCCAGCUCACAAACAUGAUGUUCCAGGCCUCGCAGCUUGGCCUCGGCUCCCAGUGGCUUGAGACCAAGAAGGCGUACGAGCAAGCCAACGAUCUGCUUGGCGACAUCGUCAAGGUUACGCCCACAUCCAAGGUCGUCGGCGAUCUAGCUCAGUUCAUGGUCUCAAACAAGCUCUCGCCCGAAGACGUCAAGGCUCGCGCUGCCGAGCUUGACUUCCCCGGCUCGGUCCUCGAGUUCCUCGAGGGCAUGAUGGGCCAGCCGUAUGGCGGGUUCCCGGAGCCUCUCCGCACGAAUGCGCUGCGCGGCCGCCGGAAGCUUGACAAGCGCCCUGGUCUUACCCUCGAGCCCGUCGACUUUGCCGCCAUCAGGAAGGAGCUUUCCCGCAAGUUCGGUGGCAGCCCGACAGAGUGCGACGUCGCCAGCUACGUCAUGUAUCCCAAGGUCUUUGAGGACUACAAGAAGUUCGUCGCUAAGUACGGAGACUUGUCGGUCCUGCCCACAAAGUACUUCUUGUGCAAGCCUGAGAUCGGUGAGGAGUUCCACGUCGAGCUGGAGAAGGGCAAGGUGCUUAUCUUGAAGCUUCUGGCCGUUGGUCCUCUCUCCGAGAACACGGGCCAGCGCGAGGUGUUCUACGAGAUGAACGGCGAGGUCCGGCAGGCUACCGUCGACGACAAGCAGGCGUCGGUCGAGAACGUCAGCCGGCCUAAGGCCGAUACAGGAGACUCUAGCCAAGUCGGUGCCCCGAUGGCUGGUGUGCUUGUCGAGCUUCGCGUCCACGAGGGCAGCGAUGUGAAGAAGGGCGACCCGCUUGCCGUACUGAGCGCCAUGAAGAUGGAAAUGGUUAUCUCCGCUCCUCACAAUGGCGUCGUCGCUUCUCUUAUGGUGAGAGAGGGAGACUCAGUAGACGGCUCCGACUUGGUAUGCCGCAUUGUCAAGCCCGAGAAGAAGUGAACGUCAGCUAUUUCCAUAGCAUGACCCAAGUUUUCUUUCUCGAUUUACACUCCCCGUGUUUAGAGGCUUUCCAGUCCUCC